AUGCAAUACUCUGGACCUUAUGUGCACAUAGCAGCCAAUAAAAGUGCACAGAAUCAGUAUAGUGUACUUUGUAUGAGUGAUAAACAAGGCAUGACAGCUCAAACACGAUUAAGUACACAGCAAACAUAUGGCAGCACUAAAUCAAAAACCCGGACUGCGCCAAAACUUUAUUCAUCAUCGACGAGCAUUCAAUCUCCGACAAUCUCCUCUGAACAACAAACUCUAUUUUCACCAACAAGUUCUCAAGCUCCGACAACCACAAGUACACAACUAACUCAGUCGUUUUCAAAGGACACUGUAACAGGGACAAAUGCACCGGAAGUUGUUAUUAAAAGUACAGUUAAAGGUCUUACAUAUUCAAACUGGCAGAUGUGCAAUGGCAAAUGUUAUAACUUUGGUAAAAACAAAAUGAGUUUUGUUGACCAGAAAUCAUACUGUAAUGGAAUAAUAAAUGGCGUUUCGAGGCAAUCAGACUUUGGGACCAGUGACAGUCAAACAAUAACAUCAGUACUGUCAGCAUGCCAUCUUAGCACAGUAGAUCAAGAACCAUACUGGAUAAAUAUGAAAUUUGUGGAUUUACCCGAGGAAAGUAAAUCGUAUGUAUUGUCAUCGUUUCAACAUCCAUAUUGUAGAGCAAAGGAAAUCUGCGAAUCAGACUGGAACAUUGAUAUUAGCCCUGUUAGACAAAAUGAUUCCUUUUGGGCGCAGUUGGCACUCAAGCUAGGCCUCAGAGGAAAAAUGAAACUCAGUUUUUGGAUAAAAAAUUCAGGUGUUUUAUGCCUUAAUACAAGCGAACUAGGCAAUGUGAUUUACUACGAAGGACCCUUGAAUUUCCAUAUGGAGCAUACAAGUACAAAUGAAUUUCAUCAAGUGUUGUGUGUGAAAAAUAUGUCAGUCUCGACUACAACACAGCAAACAUAUACGACAUCAAGAAGCACUACAAAGCCAAUAAUAAAUUUUAAAGCAAAAGUAAACACUCUUGCUCUGUCCAAAACUUCGGGAGAACCUGCCUGGCUUAAAGUUGACAAGAAGAAAUACUUCAUCAAUUACAAUUGCAGUGUGUAUAAGCAAACCAGCAGUUCCUUUAAUUACUUUAGGAUAUUUUCUAAUCCCGUUUCUAAAGCCAAUUCGUUCUGGAUAGGCGCACACAUUAUAACAGAUGAAGACCUGAGUGAGACAGAUGUAGACCUCGUACCGUACAAGAAUGAACCAGUUCGAUUCAAGUUGACAAAAGAGCACGUGCAAUCUAUGUGGAAGCAUCUUAGACAACAAAGAAAUUCCAGUCCUGUAAAUGAUGGCAACGCAGGAGGAUAAUUAUUCAGAUAUAACUUCAAAUAAAACUUUGAUGUCGACAUUUGUUGAUCUAAACAUUGUUUAUCAAUUUUCUUAUAAUAUUGCAUUUUUAUAAACUUUUUUCUAAUAAGGUCUUGCUAUACAAUGUGAUAUUUUAGAAAUCAUUUCAUCCAUACGUUUAUGUUCCUAGCUGAACAUUACAUAUGAAGGAAGACUCUGGCCAGAUGAAAUCAUUUUUUAAAACGCUUAUCGUGUGUUUUUCUCUGUGUGUGGCUUUUU